GUUGUAGUGUGUGUGUUGCGAGGGCUCAUAAAAUGCUUGCUGUAGUUGUACUUGUACUACUUGUUGUUGUUGUUGUUGUUGACCACUCCGCCUUCCCUGUGGCCCUGGUCCCAAACUCCGCUCCCUCGGCUGGCGCUGAUACUCCACAUGUUGUUGGACCUGAGUCUUGUCAGGAGGGAAAUCGCCCACAAACCCGGAAUCCUCCCUCCGACGACGGCCGCGUUCUUGUUGGCGGGAGUCGCGGGACUCCUGGGACUCACGGACCUUGCGAGGGGGUGAGAGUGGGGAAGGAGGUUGUUGUAAGGGGUGUUGGUGGUGGUGGUGGUGGAGUUCGGCGGCGGUGGUGGAGGGGACGGCGGGGAGGGGGAUCUGCGGGGGUUGGAGGGGAGACGGGAGGGACAUCUUUGUCGAAGGGUUCACUCAAACGACGUGGGGGGCCGGCGGGGGUUGUUGAAGAAGCGCAAGGUUUAUGUAACUUUCCGGCGGGCGGGUCUCCGAACGUCUCCUAUUAUGACUAUAAUACUACGAUGCAAAUCCUUCGUCCGUCUCCUCCCAAUGUCAAGCCCUCUUUGUGAGGUAUACGUACACCGCAAUAUAUUAUCGUGCGGUACGGGUUGAUGUAUGGACAGUACGAGAGUGGGUGUAUGGCGGCGUUGCAUUCAAAGUGGAGGAGUUAUCCGCUUUCCGAGCGGGUCUCCACAAGGGGGAGUUGUCAUAGAGACCAACGACUCGGUUCCUUCCCAAGGUGGUUCCGCCGCUGGCUGGCUGGCUCAUCAGAAGAGGCGCAAUGAAUCAUCAAUAGGAUGGAAUAUAGGGAGAGUAGAGAUGGACGCGUAGAUAUCUGCCGUAAUGCGAAUGGCUGGAGGGUACCCGAGCGAGUCAUCACAUAUUGCUGCUAAGUACUAUAUCUAGUUGCUACCGCUAAGAUGGAUACGACAUCUACGGGCGACAGCUGUGCGGCAGGGG